AUGGCAGAAGAGGCAGCAAGUGCAGUUAACGCGCUGGCGGCAUUUCUAGCUCAUGAGCAGAUUUCAGAUGUUGAAGAGCUGAAUCGCGUCUUUCGAUCCCUCCCGCACACCAACAGCAACAUUGGAAAAGGGCAGCGCCUGCCUAGCCCUACCGAUGCUAUCGUCUUCUGCGCGUCUUCAGUGCUAUCGUUAGCUGAUAGUGUUUUCUCCGCACUUUCCAAAGUAUCUCCCCAGUCCAGCACGAAGCUUGAUUUACAAGGAAGAAACACAGUGCUAGUUUUAUGCGGCGGCAUCGGGCAUUCGACGCCAUUCUUAUACGACGCAAUAGCAAAGCAUGAAGUGUAUAACGCUGUCGCCAAAGAUGCUCAAGGAAAAGCCGAAUCACGCGUCCUGCAGUUAAUCGCGGAACGUUGGUUUGGCAUCCAAGUCCAAGAGAUAGGAUCCGAGGGGGCAAUGAUCUGCCCAGAUGACACGAACAGACUGUUGGUUGUUGUUGAGGACCAAUCCACUAAUUGCGGUGGCAAUGCACUGGAAUCUCGAAGAGUGCUGGAAGCGUGUGGAGUUUAUACGCCCCGGUCGAUCAUUGUUGUCCAGGACCCGACAAUGUCACGGCGGACCGUUGCGACGUUCGAGAAGGAGUACCAACAGGGGAGUACCGUCAUGCCCCGUGUGAUGAACUGGCCGACUUUCACUCCCGAAGUGAAGGUCGGAGAUUUCGUUGAAAAUUCAGGGGGGAUCGAUGUACUAAGUCAACUCACCUACGUCAACAAUCAUCCCGGGAACAGCUUCAUCUCGGGCUUGUGGGGCAUGGAACGUUUCGUGGACCUGCUUUUAGGGGAAAUACCUCGUCUACGAAACGAUACACACGGAUAUGGGCCCAAGGGAAAAGGAUUCAUUGUUCAUGUCGAUAUCCCAGAGAGAAUUGAGCAUGCAUGGAAAGUUUUACAUGAAAUAUUUGGAGAAUGGACUCGAAACCGAUAG